ACAAUACAGGAACGAGGCAAAGUAAUUUGUCCCUCUAUGGUGUUUAUUAUUGUACAGAUUUAACUUAGUCCCACUAUGCAAACAAAGUCAUCUAGAGACAUAGGGAUUAGCAAAAAAAAUUCUUUUGUAAUGUAAAACAUUUAGAUGCCCUGAAAUAAUUUCGAAGUCAUUAGAAUGACUGUCUCAAAUCGUAGCCAGUAACAGACCGAAGGAAACUCAUCUGUAAAGGCUCUUCAGUUACAAAACCAUGGCUUCCCAAGAGCUGCCCCUCAAUGAGGCCUCCAAGCAAGUUCAUUCUCGUUCAAAAAGCACAACUUCGUUAGUUGUUCCGUUACCCGAGGAGGCAAGUGACAACGAGCAGAUUUUGAAGGCAUUGAACGACAUGUACAGUCCGGUGCUGAGGCUAAUGAAGAUUUUCGGAUCUUAUUACGGACAGACAAACUUGAGACAAUUGGAAAACAUGCCAACUGGAAAGCAUAUCUUUUCGCGGAUGUAUUGUGGUUUGAUGAUGUCUUUUAUCUGUUUUAAUGUCGUCACGUCUGCUUCUGUGAUUUUUAAUUCAGGAUUAGCUUACACAUUUCUUAUGUAUGCCGUAGGCCACCUUUUAAUGUUAAUCUGUGGGAUCACGUCGCUAGUUCUUCUGCCGUUAACUAGAACAAAAAAAUCCCGAUUUGAAAGGUUUCUUCGCUGUUUGCUCACAAACGUAAAAUCAACCAACUUAAAUUUUGUGAAGAAAGAGUCAAGAAAAGCCCUUUUCAUAACCUGCUUUUUAUCUUUGUUUACCAUUUUUUUCACGUUUGUUUGUAGUGAAAUAUUGGGUAUCAGUAUCUCUUGUUGUGAGCCUUGGAGUACAUGGUCUGGUUUUAGAGUAUUUGCUUUCUUUUCUUCGUUAACUGGCUGUGCAGUGUGGUUGCUUUCGACAUUUUUCUUCUGUCUCACUUGUAUAAUCUUAGUAAAAUGUUUUGAUGACUUUUAUCAGAGAAUGUCAUCAUUACCUCCGCUACCUAUAGACUUUCUGUCUUUAAAGAUGGAAUAUCAUAAAUUAUCUGAAGUAGUGGAGCUUGCUGACAAGAUGCUCGCUCCAACCCUCUUUGGAAUCAUAGCCAUUUUCAUUCCACUAUUGUGUAUCAGUUUCUACAACACCUUUAUCCUAAUAGAAGGCACGGAUCCAUUAACCCUUGUCAUGAAUCUUAACUGGUGUCUUGUUGCAACGACUAUCUUGGCAAUUGCUCUCUUCUUUGGAUCCAAAGUGAGCGAAAAGAUUCACACUUUUCAAAAGACUUUGCAAACACUACCCAUCUCGGCAUCAGAAGAAGGAAAGGUGUUGAUGCUUUUAUUUGACCUUUAUGGAGAGCCAAAAGGUUUAUCUAUCGGAGGCUUGGUUGUUAUUACAAAGUCAACAUCAUUGACGAUUGUUGGAGUCACUGUCUCUUACUUUGCUGUAAUGUUGUCUUUGCCGCGUUAACAUCAAUUACUUACUCGGAUUGGGAGCUGUAAAAGUACACCCUGAGAAACAGAAUUUAAUUUCUAAAUCUAUUGCGUAAUUUUAAAUAUAGGAUGUGUUCUUUUUUUCUCCCAUAAUGAAACAGCUUGUUUUUAAUUUUAUAAUAAUCAAUUUAUAUUUGCACCCUUCGCUUCUUGAUAUCUUUUCGAGUUAAAUAUAGAUUUUGUUAAAACAUAAUCUAAAAAAAUGUUUACCCAUAUAGAAAUGGCAAAAAAAGAUGUACAUCAAUUGUGACGCGUGCUUUGGCCAGUAACAAUAUCUGAUUCCCUUUUACCUUUUAGGGACCCACAUUUUUAAUUGAUCGUUCUAUGUUAACGACAAAUGAAUCGAAACGUCUAGUUAAAUACUAAGAACUUCGUCAUUACUAGCGAACAAGUUGGUGAUCACCAAAUCUCUUGAUUUCUUAUCAAUUUUCUUACCUAACCAGUCGGUACUCCAAUGUUUGGGUAAGUUUCAACGACAAAUUAAUCGAAACGUCUAGUUAAAGAGUAAGAGCCUCGUCAUUACUGGCGAACAAGUUAGUCAGUGAUCACCAAAUCUUUUGAUUUCAUAUCAAUUUUCUUACCUAACCAGUCGGUUUGGGUAAGUUUCAACUAGUAUUUGUGAACAGGCGUUUCACCUCAGCAUAAAGACUCUUCAGAUUCCUUAGAUUAUGGAUUUUUUUAAGAAAACUCUUUGUGCAUGUUCAAAGUAAUGUCCAUAAAGUUCAAGUGGGUUAAGAAUUAUUUAUGACAGGUUUUCAUUGCAUAAAUGUAAUUCAUAAACAUGCGAUUAAGGACCGAACUACUAGCAUGUUAAAAAACACUCCUUCGUGUGUGGGUGGUUUGCAUUUCUGGAAGAAAGGUGCAAAUUUCUAAUCGAUGGCCGUUCUCGCACUUAUGAAAAGUAUGAAAAACAAGUUUGGUUCAUAUGGAAUACUUUGUAGUUUAAAAACGAAAGAAAAAUGAAAAAAAUAUAUUUAAAAACGAAAGUUGAAUUAAAAAAAAAAAAA